UGCGCCUCUGCUGCCUCGCUGGGCCAAAUCUCAAGUCGAAGAGGAAUGGUUUAGAUACGGACAAGAAGAACCGUGUGCCGAAAUCAAUACCCCGUACCCACCAUGCUCAUCACCACCCCCCUGAAGUAUGCGGCCUGGUACUACCUCCCCGGCUACGCCACCCGCCAGCUCCUCUCAUUUUUCCACGUCGCGUACGCACGCGUCUUACGGCGGCCUCCUCCACCCCCGGGCACCCCAGCAUACGCGUUCCACUAUCGUAUGACAUAUCUCUUCUUCGCCCUCGUCUACCUUGCGUACAACCUGUAUGACGCGUCGGCAACGAUGGAACCCAACUACUACGAGAUACUCGAUCUGGCGCCCACGGCAGAUGAGAACAUGCUGAAGAUGGCGUACAGGCAGUUCGCGCGGCGGUACCAUCCGGACAGGGCAGGGGCGCAGAGCGAGUCGAUGUUUAUCGAAGUGCGGGAUGCGUAUGACGCGUUGAAGUCUCCUGUCAAGCGGUUCGCGUAUGAGAGGUUUGGCCCAGAGGCAUUGUCUUGGUCUCAAUGCACCACUCUCCGGGAAUACGUCCGGCACGGACUGUUACAAGCCUCGGGCUUCUACAUCGUCUCUCUGUGCAGUCUCAUUUUCUUCUCCUUCGUCAGCCCCUCGAGCACAGUGUCGUAUUGGAGAUACAUCAUGCUCGCGUUUACAGCCGUAUACGAACUGCUGUUCCUCCUCAAUCCGUCUCCUGCGCCAUCAUCGGGCACGUCAUUCUCCUCCGUCGUGUUCACCGAUCCCACGAUCGCGGCGCACACAAGCUUCUUCUCCUUCCUCUGGCCCCACAGGGUCCCAUACCAACACGUCCGCUUCCUCCACACGCUCUGGGUCCUCGGCUGCUUCGCGCUCUCGAACGUCGCCCCAGUAGUGUUCCCCGCGCCAUCCCCGGAGUUCCAGGAAAACUGGAUCGCGAACGAGGCGCAGCAGAUCUCCACGCUCUCCGCGGCCGUGGCGCGCGAAACAAACGUUCACCUCGCGACGCUCUUCCACGCCGCGCACGGCCCACGGACGGGCACCGCGGCGUCCGACGGCACGUUCCCGUACCUCGGCGAGCUCAAGCCCGCGGACGCGGUCGUCGGCCUGCUCGCGCAGGAGAUGGAGCACCUCAUCCUCGAGACGCAGAUGCGCGCGGAUGGGGGCCCGUUGAAGAGUGCGGUCGAGAACGCGGUGGAGCGCCGCAAGCGCGAGGCGGGGCGCGUUGGGCUCGGGCUUGGGAGGCGCCCGAGCGCGCAGGGGGCGUGGGUGCAGCAGAACGGGAAUGGGAACGGGAAUGGGAACGGGGUGGGGGCGGCGGCGCCGCCGGUGUGGAAGGAGCGGGUGUUGGGGUAUGUAAGGGGAAGGUCGAGGUCGCUUGGGUGAUGAGGUGCGUCUCGGUGUGUUUAGUGUUCGUGACUAUCUGGAUGCAUCUCAUCAUUGAGUUGUUUAGAGCGCUGUCUAUCGUGUCGAAUUGCUGUUUCAUGCUACAUAGCUGUAUAACUGCACGCUGUUGGUCUCAA